CCCUCCAGAAGUGUGUGUCGGGUUUGCCAAUCCACUCACUGCCUGUUGCACCACUCUCGUUACAGGACUCAGCUGGGCAGAAUGGCAGACCGAGCUCCUUUCGACACCAACCUGAUCACGGUGACCCGCUUCGUGCUGGAGGAGGGCAGGAAGGCGAAAGGCACCGGGGAACUGAACCAGCUUCUGAACGCUCUCUGCACUGCUGUCAAGGCUAUUUCCUCGGCUGUCAGGAAAGCAGGCAUCGCCAACCUGUAUGGGCUUUCUGGAGGCAAUAUCAACGUAACAGGAGAUGAGGUGAAGAAGCUCGAUGUACUUUCUAAUGACAUGGUAGUAAACAUGUUAAAAUCCUCCUACAGUACAUGUGUUCUUGUAUCGGAAGAGGAAAAGGAUGCUAUCAUCGUAGAUCCAGACAAACAGGGAAAGUAUAUUGUUUGCUUUGAUCCAUUAGAUGGCUCUUCCAAUAUUGACUGCCUUGUUUCCAUAGGAACAAUUUUUGCUAUUUAUAAAAAGACUUCUGACGGCCAGCCAAGUGAGAGGGAUGCUUUGCAGUCGGGUCGUAACAUUGUGGCAGCUGGUUAUGCGCUGUACGGCAGUGCCACAAUGCUGGUAUUGUCUGCAGGAAAUGGAGUCAACUGCUUCAUGCUGGAUCCAGCUAUUGGAGAAUUCAUUUUGGUGGACAAGAAUGUGACCAUGAAAAAGAAGGGAAAUAUUUACAGUAUCAAUGAAGGCUAUGCAAAGUACUUCGAUCCUGCAGUUACAGAAUACAUAACAAGAAAGAAAUUUCCGAAGGAUGGCAGUGCUCCCUAUGGUGCAAGGUAUAUUGGGUCCAUGGUUGCAGAUGUUCAUCGGACUCUGAUGUAUGGAGGGAUCUUUCUGUACCCCGCCAAUUCAAAGAGUCCCAAAGGCAAGCUUCGACUUCUGUAUGAGUGCAAUCCUAUGGCAUACAUUAUAGAGCAAGCAGGAGGCAUGGCCACCACAGGAAAGGAAGCAGUGCUGGACAUUGUACCUGAAUCCAUUCACCAACGGGCACCAAUCAUAAUGGGGUCCAGAGAUGACGUUCAGGAGUACCUCAACAUUGUAAACCAAUCUUCAUAGAGGCACGUAAUGAAGAAAUGUGAAUGGCAAACUCUGAAUUAAGAACCUGGACCAAAGAUAGUUAAUUUUAUCCUUGCAGAAUAACAUUCCAACAAUAAACUGAAUCAGAUCAUUGAUUCCAAUUCCCAGAGCUAUCUGUGGUGUAUUUGAGGCCAGCAUAGGUUUUGUAUGUCUUUAUAUAACAAAGUGAAUAGCAGCUGAACCACAUUAAUGAAGGAGUAAAAAUAAAGACAUCGAUCAUUUA